AUGAUUGUCUGGGUUCAGCUUCCCGCGUUGAAAAUUCAUUUUUAUCAUAAGGAGGUGCUCACGAUGUUGGGAAAUCUUAUUGGUCGGACGAUCAAGCUGGAUUACCAUACUCUGAAUCAAGAACGAGCGAAGUUUGCUCGGCUGGCGGUUGAAGUUGACAUCUCGAAGGCCUUGGUUCCCAGGAUUUGGCUCGACGACGAGUGGCAAAAGGUGGAGUAUGAGAACUUACCGGAGGUCUGUUUCAGGUGCGGUAAGAUUGGUCAUGAAGCGGGAACAUGUCCGUUGAACAACCUGGUUGUAGCGCCGGUGCAUUUGUUGAUCGCCGGUGGGACAACUCCGGCGAGCCCUCUUACGCCGGACGAUCAAAAUCCGGGAUACGGUCCGUGGAUGCUGGUGACAAGGAAAACCCGGCCAAAUCCUAUGGAAGAUCAGAGAAAAGGAAAGAGUGAUCAGGAGGCAGGUGCGGGAAAUCAGGGACUGAAAUCAAUUGCCAAAAAUGGGUCUCGGGGUAUCACGGUGAAGGAAAGUGAUCCAUUGAAGUCGUCGGUGGCUUCGCCCAACGGACACUUACCUAUUCAGGGGCAAAGUCACGAUAGGAAGGGGACCGCCGAGAAGAAGAAAGGGGAGAAGGCUAAGAAAGGAAAGGAGAAAGGGCCCGGGAAUGUUUCUGGGAAGGGAAAAGGGCUUCUUGGGCCAGGGCGCAAUAAGGGAGAGGCAAGGGAGUGCGAGUCAGGGCCAAGAUCGUCUGGUGGGGAGUCUUCAUCUGCAGGGCCUUCUAGGCCCACUUCAAUCCAGCUUGCUGAUACGAAGUCUCCAGGAGCGGGGCUUGGGCCGGGUGUUGUCAACAAGCCCACAAAUCCCCUCCCUCCAAUCCCCAAGUUUCAGACUGUUACAGGCCCGAAUGGAACGGUUAUGCAGAUCAUCGACAGUAAUGUUCAGGACAAAGAGAACGUGGAUCCAAAAGAGACCCCUUCACCCUCGUUGACGAGUAGAACGAAAUGGAACAAAAACAAAAAAGUGCAGCAGAGGAGAUCGCCGACAAAGCUGAAUUCGAUGAAGCCCUUACAGGUUUGGUCCCCGGUGAAAGAAAGGAAACCAAAAUCCAAGGGUCGUAUGGCGACGCUGACUUUGCAAGAAAUUCAUGCCUGGACGGAAGCGGCGAAACGGCCAAUCAGCGGAGAUGGAGAGACGGCGGCGGCGGGACAGGCCUGCAAAACCGGGGAAGAAGACAGACCGGUAGACGGCGCCACUGUUUAG